UCCCCGCCUCCGGCCCCAGCAGCGGCUUGAGCCGAUGGAGCUCCCCGUCGUCCCAAGAAGGGGCUGGGGGGCGGAGUUUCCAGGGGGCAAGAGGGCGGGUCGGCCCCGCCCUCGCUCCGCCCUUCCCAGACUCGCGCGGCGCGGCCUCCGUUUCCAGGCAACAGCACAACCCGGGCGCCUGGCAGCCCGAGGCGGGAGGGCUGCACCACGGCCCUCGACGGGCGGACGGAGCUCGGCGGCCAAAUGGAGGACGACGAGGAGGAGAUCACGGCCGCCGCGCUGCGGGGCAAGCCCCGGCCGCUGCCCAUCUCGGCGCUGUCCGCCUUCAGCUACAUCCCUCCGCGGCGCCAGGACCCCAAGGAGCACAGCUACUACUACCGCCAGGGCUGGACUGGAAUCAUUUCCCUGUAUGACUGUGUUUUUAAGAGGGAUCCAGGUUAUAAUCAGAAGUUACACCGAGAUGACAGAGAACACGCCAAAAGCCUGGGACUCCACAUUAAUGAGGAGGAGCGCGAGCGGCCGGUGGGGGUGCUGUCGUCUUCGGUCUACGGGCGGCGCAUUGACCAGCCCGUGGAGCCUCUGAACCGCGACCACGGCCGCGCGGGCCACGUGAAGGCCGACUUCUACCGGAAGAACGACAUCACCAGUAUCAAGGCGCCUGGCUUCGGGCACAUCUCUCCUGCCUGAGCUCCUUCCAUGGCCCGAAGGGCGCACGAGCGAGGCAGGAGGGAGGGCAGCGCUAGGGACGCUCGGAGGGCCUCCCGGGGCCGGUGGGCGCCCUUGAUUCCCCUGGAUGCGCGCUGGGUCGCGGGGAAGGACCAAGGACCACGCAGGGCUGCUUGCCUGUGUAUUUCCUGGGCGACCAGCCUGGCCAAAGGCCUGCGAUUCUUAGGAUGAACACCUGGUAGGACGUUUUUCCCCUGGAACCAAUUUCAAGAUGAAAUGAUGCUGGAGGGUGAUCCAUUGCGGGCAUCUGAAUAAAAUGAAAACUUUGUUCCCCCUUGA